CGGCCGGGCCCGGGGCUCGCCGCCCUGCAACGCGCUGCUGUGCAGCCUGCUCGACAAGGGCUGGGCCCGGGCUGCGGCUCCAGACCAUGUGUCCUUGCAGCUCGGCCAGCUAGAGGCAUCUGUGGCUCUGCGGCAGUGUCCAGAAGCCCUGGAAGAUUUGGAGGUGAUCUGCAGGAGCAAACUGCAGGAGCGUGGGAUCGCCACAAAGGAGGAUUCCUCUGCUUCGGCGGCUAUCUUGGCAUCACCAAAGGAGGAUACCCAAGGCUUGAAAGUCUCCAGCUCAGGGAAGGAAGUGCCUGGCUCUUUGUUCAGGUUGUCUCGUGGCGGAGAAGACGUAAAGCAUGGGGAAGUGGAGCAAGAGGCAGAGGGUGAGAAGAGGGAACACGGGCAGGUGGAGCCUCUGCUUCCCCACCUGGCUGCCUGGGGGCUGGGGGCAAUGCCUGACAUGAAGCCUUCAUCAUCAAGGCAGGAGCGGUGCCCAGUAGAAGCCAUGGAGGAAGCAUCUGCAAAAUCCAGCUGCCCUAGUCAGCCAGCUCUUGGGGACCUGCUGAGCCUGUCUGAUCUGGAGUGCUCCCUCUGCCUAAGGCUGUUCUUGGAGCCAGUGACCACGCCGUGUGGCCACACCUUCUGCAAGGAGUGCUUGGAGCGGUGUCUGGACCACAGGCCCAGCUGCCCACUCUGCAAGCAGAGCCUGAGCGAGUACCUGAAGGUUGGGAAGUACAACCCGACUGUGCUGCUGGAGGAGAUCAUAUCGACCACCUUCCCCUCGCAGCUGGCGGAGAGGAAGCGGAUGCACCAAGCCGAGAUGGCUGAGCUCUCCAACCUGACCAAGAAUGUCCCCAUCUUUGUGUGCACGAUGGCCUUCCCGGGUGUCCCGUGCCCCCUGCAUAUCUUCGAGCCCCGCUACCGCCUCAUGAUCCGGAGAUGCCAGGAGACUGGCACAAAGAUGUUUGGCAUGUGCAUACACGAGCCUGGGAAGAGGUUCGCCGACUACGGCUGCAUGCUAGAGGUCCAGCGGGUUGAAUUUUUGGCCGACGGGCGAUCCCUCGUGAGCACCGUAGGGAAGCGGCGCUUCCGGGUGCUGAGACGCGGACACCGGGAUGGCUACAACACUGCCGAUAUUGAGUACCUGGAGGAUGAGAAGGUGAAAGGGGAAGAGCUGGUGGAGCUGCAGCAUCUGCAGGAAGCCACUUACCAGCUGGCGCAGAGGUUUUGUGAGCAGGCGGACGCUGCCUUCAGGCAGACUGUGAUGCAGCGUGGAGCCCUGCCUGAGAAGGGAGAGGAUGCCCAGGACUCUGCAGAUGGACCAGCUUGGUGUUGGUGGCUUAUUUCUAUCUUGCCCUUUGACCCAUCCUACCAACUCAGGCUCUUCUCCACCACCUCCUUGAAGGCCCGUCUCAUGCCGCUGAAGCAAAUCCUCACUGCCCUCCUGGAAAGCCGUGAUUUUGGUCGCCGGCACUCAGGCCUCAACCCAGGAGGGGGAGUAUAGACCACAAGGCACUGCCUGGGACUUUUCCAGCUCACCCCUUUCAUUUCUGCAUUUCUUCUCCGGGGCUUUAUGCUUUGAUUGUAUCAUGAGCUCAGCAAUGUGGUGUGCAGGGGUUUCUCCAGCCAUCCCAAGCUGGCUUGGUGUUUGCAAUGGUUUCUAGAGUCUUUCAUCUAUGAGUGAUGCUAUAGGAAGCUUUCAUCAGCUGCUUAGGUGAGUUAGGAAGGCAUAGGUAGAGCCUGAAGGUGGGGAAAUGGACUCACACCUAGGUGUUGAAAAGCACAAGCCAAAAGCUGCUUUGGCAUCCUGGAGAAAUCAGUCUGGAGGGCAAGACAGACAUGCAUGUCAUGGAUUUGGGCUUCUCCUUUAUAAGCACAUGGGUAGCUUUAUAAGGACAUGGAGGGGAUGGAAAGGGCUUGGGGGCGGUCAUACUGAUUUCUCUGGGUUCCUAGAAUGAGAACCACCAGCCAUUGGUUUAACCUGAUAGUCUUUAAAACUUAAAAGAGAAGGGAACUUAAUUGAAUUAACUUAUGUUGGGUUCAAGAGCUCAUCCUCUAAUGUGGUCUUAUGGGCAAACAGUGCUGAGAAGUCAGUAUUUUAAAAUAGCCAGUUCAGAAACUUCUCUCUUUGCAGCUUCACUCACUUCUCCACUUUUGUUGGGAUUUUGAACUGGCUGGAAGCUUCUGCUCCCAUGUCUUUCCAGCACUGACAUGAUGCUGCAGAGAUAGGAGGCCUUAGCAGUCUAGAGUCUGGCCAUGCAGGCUUGUUGCAUGAAGGCUGCUAUGAAAUGAUACAGGUGGGAGGCUUUGCUAGGACAAGCCGUGUGGGAUUUGGAGUCUGGAGCCAAUUCUUAAAGUUUAGGUACAGAGGCAUCAAACUCUCAGAGGGUUUUGGCCUGAAAAUUGAUUAUGUAGGAUUUCUGCUCCAAAAUAGUGAAAAAUCUUGUGAGAUUACCACCUCUCAUAAGCUUUUUCUGUCACCUGGUGUUGUAGUUGGCAGCCACCUGCACUAAAGUCCAACUUUUCAAAGCUGGAAUUGAAACCCAGUGGGUUGGGCUCAGGUCACAAGCUUGGAAGAUAAAAGUGCCUGGAAAUCAGAGGGGAUUUGGAGGAUCUGGAGCUGGACCCGUGAUCCUAACAUGCGACCUUCUCCUUUGUUGGGCAUCCUCUUGUUUUUGAAUUCAGCAGGGAACACAGAAGGCAUGAAGCCUGCUAUGUCCUUUGUAGCAUAGGUUUGGUGGAGUUGGUGGCAUUGCCUCCCAACUCGGAUCCUCGUUCAGUGGGUUUGGGUUUAAUUCAAGUUCUUAUUCAAGUCCCGUGGAACCAGGCCAGGUUCCGCCACAAAGUGCCUUGCUCGGGUGAAAAUCUCAGGAGUGGAGACGCACAGUUCCUCUGAAGCUAACGAUAGAACAGGAGAAGGAUGUGUCUCAGCUCUGCUUCCCUUUAGCCUUUGACACGUCUUUGAGAGUCCUUGCCCCCUCUCGCUUUGCUCCUAGGCCCUGUGUGAUCCCCACAGGAGGUCUUUCCUGCCAGGAGGGUUUGGAGUGAGGGGUUGUGCCUGUCCAUCCUAGGCAGGAGACCCCGGGGUGUGGAUGGGACUCAGACAUCCCAAGUGUCUCAGUGCAGAGGGGCCUCUCUGUGCAUUAUUGGAAGUGCUUGGCUGCUCCAGGGAAAGGGAAUCAGCAGGGAGCGCAGGAGCAGAUGGCGCAAUGCACAGGUUUCUCUUUGUUGAAUUUUGGGAAGUGCCUUUAUUUGCCCGGUGGGGAGUGUGAGCUGCUCACCAAGCUAAUCCAAAGCCCCAUGGGGGCUGGGGUUGUUCGCCACGAGGUGCCUUCCCCGGGUUUUCCAGGCAAGGGCAUUUGCCUUGCUGUACUUUGUUCCCCUUUCUCCCAGGGCAUUUGCGGUCCUGUCUCCCAGGCCACGAGCCUGUGAUGCAGUGGUGGUGGGGGGUCUCCAGAAGCAGCUGCAGUGAUCUGGGUGAGACCUGUGGACAUUGGCCACCCGAGCUGCUGCUCCUCUCCUCUCUGCUCUGCUUCUGGUGGAGGUUGACCCACGCUUCCGGGGAAGCCCUUGGGGUUUUUACUGCUUAUCUUCUCUGGAGUCAAACUUUCCCUUGUAUCAAUGAAAUAAAAAGCUGUGUGUGUGUA